AUGGAUUCGGAUGACUCUCCUCCCCACGAGUCCCAGCUGCCAUCCCCACCUCCGGCCGGGCCGAGCGGCGAAGGCAGGCCAAAUCAGGGGCCAAAGAAGAAUGCCGUGAGGAAGCGGACAAAGACUGGCUGCCUUACAUGCCGGCGGCGGCGCAUCAAGUGCGACGAAGCAAAGCCGACCUGCGGUAACUGCAUCAAGUCCAAGCGGCAGUGCGAGGGCUACAACCAGCGCCUCACUUUCAAGGAGCCCAUCGGCUCCUUUACGCCUGGCAACUUCUUUGGCCACCCCAUUUAUCACCAGCAGGCCCAGGAUGCCCUGGUGACCGCCCAGCUCACUGCCUCACAGGUCAAAUCAAGCUCAUCUCAGGGUCCCUUGGUCAUUAUCGCCCCAAAGCCCCCGUCUGUAGACUUUACAGGUGUCGCGCCUGGCUCUUUCGGGCAGUCCUUUCAGAGGCACCCGAACCGACCGCUAGGUGGACCGUCCGGCUCGAGUCCUCCCUUCUACAGCCCGGACAAGGCGCAACCCUCCCCUCCCCUUUUAACUCCCAGCUCUCUACCGCCCCCCGGCUAUGCUCAAACCUCCGGGCCGCAGCUGGGGAAUGCACUAGAUGCCUCUGCAGCUCCCCUAAAAUUCGAAGCCAACCAGCCAUUGGAGUCGCCCUCACCCAGUUAUGGUCAGCAGCAGCAUGCAUCGCCGUCCGUGUCGGCCGGUGCUUCGGUCUCGCCAGUGGAACAUGGCUUACCUUCUCUGAAACAUUCUAGCUCGGCCGAGAGGGAAUACUGGGACUCUGACGACGAGGCAUCCAUAGGUGACUCGGAUGACGAAAUGGACGAGGAUGGCCAGGCAGCAGAUCUCGAGUUGAAUGACCUGGGCAUCCAAGUAGCCAGACGACUUGCCGUCCCUCACGACUUGUAUGGAGUACGCGUUCGAACCGUCUCGAGCUUUGCAGACCAGACCAUACUGGACACGUAUAUGCCGUCGUCCGCCAGUUCGCCCCUAAACGACCCGCAGACCGCAGCCGUGUUUUGGUAUUUUGUAAACGUGACAGGCCCAAGCAUGUCUCUGUACGAGAGGCACCCGUUUGAUCCUACACCCAUGUUCCAAGGCCAACCCGUUCCAAAGGCUCGCCAACACAUUUGGACCUACACAUUCCCAAUCAUGGCUUUUCACCACCCGGCUCUGAUGCAAGCAAUGCUUGCACUAGGUGCCCUCCAGAUGGCCAAGCUACAAGAGACACCAGCUACGGCAGCCAUGAAGCACUACCACCUCAGCCUCCGAAGGAUCUCAAAGAACUACCAGAGUACAAACAAGCGCACGCAGCCGGCAACACUUGCAGCUACGCUGCUGCUCGGUUUUUACGAGGUCUGGAACUCGGAUCACGACAAGUGGUGCAAGCACAUGUGGGGAGCCCGCGCCAUCAUGAGAGAGAUGCCAUUGAGGGAAAUGACGCGCGAGAUAUUACCCCUUAAACAAAAGAGAUGGCUCAGGCUGCAGGAGUGUCGAGCUCAGCAGUUCGAUGUCUUCGGCAACCCCUUGCAGACUGUCAUAGACCCUGACGGAGAACGAGUCGAUGCGGGUUUUAUCUCCCAGAUUACGGGCCAAAAUGUCACAUUUGGUGAAUCUGGCCACAUAAUGGACGAUAGACCGCCGCGACCGUCCGCACGGAAAUACACAGAGCGAGACAUCGAGAACUAUGAGCACCUAAGCGAUCUCUUCUGGUGGUAUUGCAAGAUGGAUGUCUACCAGAGCAUACUUGGGGGGACUCGUCUUUUCAUGGAAUAUGAUCACUGGACUCAGUGCUCGCCUCGAGCACAGUUCGCGAAGAUGGAUGCCAUCUAUGGGACUUUUGACCACCUCAUGCUUUUACUUGGUCGGUUGGCCAACUUUGCGUCUUUGGACCUUAUCCGCAAACGCAAAGCAAGAAAGGCCGAGGCAGCUGGAUCGCGUCCGGGAGGGGCUCCGCCAAUGGGAGGGCCAUCGUCGAUGGGAGGGCCGCCACCGAUGGGGGGGCCGCCGCCGAUGGGUCAAGGUCAGGGGCAUGGUAUGUCCGGUCCGCCACCUCAUGCGAAUGGUCCUCCGCUGGGCGAGCCGCCAAUGUUCGCAGGCCUGCUUCCGUCUCAUGGUUUCUCGUUGCCGACUGGCUUUAGCCCGCCCCGCGAGAACUCGCCGGCGACAGAUGACGGGAUGGAUCUCGAGACAAGCACAGCAACUGCGCUCGGCGAGUGGGAAGCCAUUCGCGAGGCCUUCGAGGUUUUCCGGUCCCGUCUCGGACUAGACUUUGCGCCCAUGGGCCCAGACCAUGCGCCACCUGAAGACACACCGUUUGGCCCCGCCCUAAAAUACCGGACAUACAGCAUCGCGGGCAUCUGGUUGAAUUUUAACAUGGGCCUCAUCGCAUUAUACAGAGCACACCCGUCGAUGCCGCCAUUCUCGGUGGUGGCGGCGGGACUAGCUGCACGGCAGACGGCACCGUGGGCCAACGAGAUCGGGCGUAUCGCUGCCGGCCUCCACGAAGAUAGCCAGAGCCUGGAAGCCAUCAGCACACUUGAGGGCGCGGCCUUUAUCGAGAGCUCAUUUUGUCUAUUUGUGGCAGCCAUCCAGUACAGGGAUAUCACUCAACGGCACUGGACCAUCCGGCGAUUGCACGACAUAGCGCGGCUCACGGGGUGGCAAUCGGCGCACCAGAUCGCCGACGGCUGCGAGUCGGCCUGGCUCAAGGCGGCUGAACUCGGCCGCGGGCCUCCCUACCACAGUCCGCCAAACCUCGCCGCCUCCCAUCCACAAACUAUAUGGAUGCGCCCCCGCCGCGUCGAUCGCCGCAUCCAGGAGCUCGAAGCCGGCGAUGACCGCCUCGUCCUUGCCAAAACGGAGCAGACGCACUAUGCCCUGGGCCUGCUUAGCGUCGAACAAGAUCUCGAGACUCUUGAUUUAGGGGGCGGCGAUUAA